GCGGCGGCGGUGGCGGUGGCGGCGAAGGGAACGCUGUGCCGCGAGUGGAUGAGGGCCUCGGGGGGUCGCUGACCCACAGGGUCCCGCAGACGGAGCAGCUGGGCGUGGAGGCCCGUCCCCUUCCCCGCGCUCUCCUGGCUGGGGCGCCACGGGGACGGGAGUGGGAUCCCCGGCGCGAUGAAGGAUUUGGGAGCUGAAGAGUUGGCCGGUCGGGAGGGGGUCCAGCUCUUCCGAUUGCUGAACCUCUACUUGGAGCAGGAGCAGAGAUUUCAGCCCCGGGAGAAGGGACUUAGCCUGAUUGAAGCCGCUUCCGAGAAUGAUAACACUUUGUGUCCAAGAUUGAGAAAUGUUAAGGUAGAAGACCUUAGGAGUUUAGCCAACUUUUUUGGAUCACGAACUGAAACAUUUGUCCUGGCUGUCAACAUUUUGGAUCGAUUCUUGGCUCUUAUGAAGGUGAAGCCUAAACAUUUGUCUUGCAUUGGAGUCUGUUGCUUUCUUCUGGCUGCUAGAAUAAUUGAAGAGGAAUGCAAUAUUCCAUCAACCCAUGAUGUCAUCAGAAUUAGUCAGUGCAAAUGUACUGCUUCUGACAUAAAACGGAUGGAAAAAAUUAUUUCCGAAAAGUUGCACUAUGAAUUAGAAGCUACUACUGCCUUAAACUUUUUGCACUUAUACCACACUAUCGUACUUCGCCAUACUUCAGAAAGGAAAGAAGUAUUGAGUCUUGACAAAUUGGAGGCUCAGCUGAAAGCCUGCAACUGCCGACUAAUUUUUUCAAAAGCAAAACCGUCUGUAUUAGCUUUGUGCCUUCUCAAUCUAGAAGUGGAAACUUUGAAAUCUAUUGAAUUAUUGGAAAUUCUUCUUCUUGUUCAAAAGCAUUCUAAGAUUAAUGAUGCUGAUUUCUCUUACUGGAGGGAGUUAGUUUCAAAAUGCCUAGCAGAGUAUUCUUCUCCCGAGUGUUGCAAACCAGACCAUAAAAAGCUUGUGUGGAUUGUUUCAAGACGCACAGCUCAAAAUCUUCACAACAGCUAUUACAGUGUCCCCGAACUGCCUACAAUUCCAGAAGGCGGCUGUUUUGAGGAGAGUCAGAGUGAGGACUCUUGUGAAGAUAUGAGUUGUGGAGAAGAAAGUCUGAGCAGCUCCCCUCCCAGCGAUCAAGAAUGCACCUUCUUUUUUGAUUUCAAGGUGGCACAAGCCCUGUGCUUCCAAUCUUAGAAAUCUAGUUGUACAAAGUACACGUUUGCAGUGCCGGUUUCUAAGCAAUAAAUAGGGGAUAAUCUUCCCCUCCCCUUUAUCUUUCAGGAAGGAGUUGCAUGGACUGGAUCCACCUACUUUCUAUUUAUUAUUCAGAUCAGAUCUGGCCUAUUUUCAUAUUUAAUUCUAAGCCAUUAAAUGGGUUUAUGCUUC